AUGAACGAUCCCGGUCUCCACCAACCGAUAGCGGAAGGUGCAAAGCAGGUGGAGAACCAUUAUGAUGAGUCGGACUCAGAAAACAUGGACGAGGGAGAGGGGGCGAAAUCGUUCUUGGUACCAGCGAGGUGGUGGUAUGCUUCCACCGCAUUUCCACUCCUCGCCGGCACGUUUGGACCAAUGGCCAAUACCUUCAGUGUCUGCGCGCUGGUUCAGUACUGGAGAACCGAAAUACCUCCAGGAGGGACAGAAGCGCAUGGUAAAGAUAUCCCAGAUCCGAAAUGGCUACUUGCAGUCAAUGCUGUCUCCCUUAUACUUGCCGUGACUGCCAACAUUUCUUUGCUGCUCAACAUGGCUCGCCGUGUAUCCUUCUCUACCGCGCAGCCUGUCACGAUCCUUGGCUUCUGGACCGCCUCGAUACUUCUGAUCGCCCUCAUUGCUGUUGCAAGCCAUCAUUUCCGCGCCCCUGGUGUCGAGAACCAAGCUUUGACACAGGCAUAUUACUAUGCAAUAUUUGCCGCUGGGUUAUACCAAUUGAUCAGCUAUCUGAUGUGCAUCACUGUUUGGGGCGCAUACCAGGGUCACUACAGCAGGGAGUUCAAGUUGACAAUGCCACAGCGGACUUUGAUGUUGCAGACUAUCAGCUUUAUGGCGUACUUACUAGUUGGAGCGGCGAUCUAUUCCCAUGUUGAAGGCUGGACAUUUCUAGAUGCUAUAUACUGGGCUGAUUUCACGUGUCUGACGGUUGGUAUUGGCGACUAUGCUCCCAGUACACAUCUGGGCCGAAGUCUUCUAUUCCCCUAUGCCAUCGGUGGUAUCGUCAGCCUUGGCCUGGUUAUUGGCAGCAUUCGUAGCAUGGUGCUCGACCGCGGGAAGGAAAAGCUCCAUGCCAGGAUGACGGAGAAAACCAGAAAGUCGGUGUUGAAGCGGAUCAGUGACAUGGACAACAAAUUUACCGGAUCAAGACUAUACGGAUUCAGACAUAAAACCAUCACCAAGGUGGCCCUGGAUCCGACGAGCUCGAGGAUUUCAGAAAUAGAACGAAGACGAGCAGAGUUCGAAGCCAUGCGAGCAGUCCAGGAUCUCGCAGCCGCGAAACGGAAGUGGAUUUCCCUAGGGAUGUCUGGCGGCGUUUUUGUUUUGCUAUGGGUGAUUGGCGCGGUGGUCUUUCGCGAAGCCGAGAAGAAUCAGGGCUGGACAUAUUUUGGUAGUCUAUAUUUCGCUUACACCUCUCUACUAACCAUCGGCUACGGCGACUUCUCACCUCAGUCGAACAGUGGAAAACCAUUCUUUGUAUUUUGGUCUCUGCUUGCGGUGCCUGCUCUUACUAUUUUGAUCUCUGACAUGGGUGACACAGUGGUCAAAAUCAUCAAAGACUUUACCCUCUACCUUGGCGAGAUAACUGUUUUGCCUAGUGACCAAGGUGGCCUAAGUGACAGGCUGAAAUAUGGCGUGUAUAAAAUCACUGGGGUUCAGAUUGGAAACAAAGUGAGCGUCAAGAGUGACGAAGAUAUAGAGGAGAAGCCACCAAUGAUGAGAAAUAUACCUCGACAAGAUGAACAUCACGGUCCGAAGCAACAAGUUGUUGGAGGUACGCGGCAUGUUGCAGACUUUGGAAAGGAAGAGAAGCAAGACGAGCAGGCGGCUAGGGAUCGAGGGGACAAGGUUGCGGAGGAUGAGCAUCACUACCGACAUAUGCUGUUAUCGGAAAUGAGAAAGAUGUACUCAUAUGUCAACCAAGAACCACCCAAGAAAUUUACAUACGAAGAGUGGGCACACUACCUACGGUUGUUGGGUGAGGAUGAGCAUGACCAACGAUAUCAUCGACGUGCACCAAUCAAGGACAAGAAUAGGAUGGAGGUUGCAAUUUUGGACAGAUCAGAUCCGCUAUCCAUUGACAAUGUUGACGAUCAGGGAUCAGGCAGUCAGGAUGAUGUAUCGGAGAAUCAGUUUGCAAAAGAUAAGGAUGAUAUCAAGGAAUGGUCUUGGCUUGGGAAUCGCUCGCCAUUGAUGGGCGACAAGGAUGAAGCCGAGUGGAUCUUGGAAAGACUCUUUGCUGUUCUGGAACGAGAAUUGCGAAAGCAGAUGGGUCAGCCUGAUGGCAAAUCUUCUCUUCCUCGCCAACACCCUUGUUUCCAUAACAGUCAAAGCCCGGCAAGCGACACGAAUCAAGAUCAGUGA